AUGAUACCACCGCAAACACACAGCAUCAUUUCAACCGCUCCAAAAAACGACAUGGAAAUGGAUGUACAUUCUCAAGAAAUAGAUGAUUCAUCGGCACGAAAGAGAAAGAUGGAGACAGCAAAUAGCAACCAUACUUCCGAACAGCAUCAUGAUGAAGAAACCCCAAUCAACACCAUGGAGCCUAAAACAAAGAAGAAAACUCUAUCUAACACAACCAAUGUUUCAUCAAGCUUUCGCAUUAAUGAUUCUCAUGUACCAAUGGAUGCUAGUGCCUCAUCAUCCUAUGACACAACCACCAAUGUUGGACAAUUUCAUCGUGCAUCAUCCAUGAAGAUUCUCUCGUUCCACAAUUACAAGAAAUGGAUAGCACAUGAAGUUGCUUCUCUGCUUUGUAUGAAGAAAUUAGAUGGCGGAGCAUCAUUGGCCGUUGAGAAAGCUCGGACCUUAUAUAACGCAGGCUUUGAUGGGACCUCUCUUGCCAAUAUCGUACAGGAUAUCAGGAAACACAACGACAAGCAUGCUCUUGAAAAACUUCUAAACAAAGCCAAAGACAACACUGGUAUGAUUAAUCCUUGUCUUUCUGAUACUUGUACAACCAUUGUUAAUUGGGUCAACAAUACAUUAAUUCCCAAGCUUUUUGGGUUAUGGGAUUCGGCACUCUGCAAACAAAAAUUAAUAGGAGGUGCUGGAUUACUUGAGGAUCGAGUUCAGCCUUUGUAUCAGGCAGGGUUUAAUGGAACAUUUCUAUUAAGGAUUAUUUAUGAAUUGGAGAAGAAUGAACAGAAUGGUAGUGCAUUGACUGAUGUUGAUUUAGUGAACAAAACUCUCCGAAUGGAAAUUGAUUCAUCUACUUGCACAGCUUUGAUGGAGUGGGUAAAAGCCGAUUUGGUAGCAAAAAACAAGAUACAGAUACCAUUGGUUUUCAUUGAACAGCCAAGCAUUAAUGAACUUCCGUUCGGAUUUCUUGAUGACCCUUUUACAUGGUUGGAAACAUUCCUCUCUGUUGACUUGAAGCAGUGUUUUGAAACAAAGUUGGAACAAAGAUAUGAACCUCCUUCUGGCACCAUGAAAGGAUUUUAUAACAGAGACGACUUUAAAUUCAAAGUUAAACAACUUGUGAAAGCAAAUAUUACACAUUUUCACAAAAACAAAAUAGCUGCUAUUGACAGAAAAAAUUCGUUCAAAUAUGGAAUCAUGUCAAACGGAACAGGAAAUGGUAAAACAAGAGCAUGCAAUGAAGUCCAAAACAUUAUCAUGGAUAUGGACAUCAAUGAAAUUGGCGACAAAAACAAUAAUGGAUUACACUAUCGUAAACUCCACACAUAUAUGACUUUGGAUAACGGUUCUUAUUUGACAAGUGUUGAGGUUGAGAGUGAUCCUUUAAAAGAAAUAACUGAAGGAAAGAUUAUUGGAUUACGUAUUUUAGCAAAAAGUACUUGCAUUGGUGAAUGA